AUUAAAAAAAAAAGAGAGAGGCGGUUGUUUACAGUGGAUCUCGAGACGAUCCCGAACGAGAUCUUGCACUCUAAGGGUGAUCCCGGUGUGCGGAGGGUAGCCUAGUUGCGGGGGGUUGGCAGUGACAUGAACCACCGAGCUGGUAGCUAGGCCGGACCCACCCCUGGGCGGUUCUAGCUGGUGCAGCUAACAGCGCGCCUGGUGUAGCACCACCGCCAGGGAACUGCACCACGGUCGGUAUCCAUGCCCGAGGCUUCGACGGCGGCGGCGGCAAUGGCGGAGGCGCUGCAACCGGACGAGCCUGACCUCAGCACCUUCGAGAACAAGUCAGGCCUGGCCGAGGACAUGAAGUUCCUGGCGAGCAUGCCCGAGCUGUGUGACGUCACGUUCCUGGUGGGCGACACCCGCGAGCCCGUGUGCGCCGUCAAGGCCGUGCUGGCCGCCCGCAGCAGGGUGUUCCACAAGAUGCUGUACCAGGCGCCCAGUCCGCAGAGGAAGAAGGAGUCCGCGCCGAGGGAGAACAAGCUGAGGCUGUUCCUCAAGCGGAGCAGUGAGCCGCUGCUGAACCUGCAGAAUGCCGCGCAACAGCCGCAAUCCAACCAGCACCACACGCUGAUCAUAGAGGAGUUCGAGCCGGACGUCUUCCGACAGCUCAUAGAGUACAUACACACGGGUUGCGUCACGCUGCAACCCAGGACCUUGCUGGGCGUGAUGAACGCGGCGGACUACUACGGCCUGGACGAGCUGCGCCGCGCCUGCGCCGGCUUCGUGCAGUGCUGCAUCAACGUGGACACCGUCUGCGCGCUGCUGGCCUCGGCCGAGCGCUACAUCCAGUACAAGUGCACCAAGUCGCUGGUGCAGAAGGUGCUGGAGUUCGUGGACGAGCACGGCAACGACGUGCUGAACCUCGGCUCGUUCACGCUGCUGCCGCAGCACGUGGUGAGGCUGAUACUGGCCCGGGAGGAGCUGCGGGCGGACGAGUUCACCAAGUUCCAGGCGGCGCUGAUGUGGGGCAAGAAGUACUGCGACACGAACAGCAACACCACGCUGAAGGAGGUGAUCGGCAACUUCCUGGAGUACAUCCAGUUCCACAAGAUCCCGGCCAACGUGCUGAUGCGCGAGGUGCACCCGCUCGGACUGGUGCCCUACAGCAUCAUCAUGAACGCGCUCGCCUACCAGGCAGACCCAACAAGUGUCGACCCCGGGAAGCUCUCCCCUAACCGAGUGAGGCGGUCGGCGCAGGGCCGCUCCAUGUCCGUGCAGAGCUCGCUCGACCCCUACGGCAGCAACACGAGCCUCAGCUCCUGCGGCAGCAGCGACAUGAUCAGCUCCGAGGGCGGCACCAAGCACUCGUCCACCUGAGCCCCUGUUCCGUGUCGCCCAGGUUCCGGUUCGCCCAGCCGGGUUAGCCCACGUUCGACAAGCUUGUUGGGUAAACCUCGAAUAAUCACUGUGCACCUGGUUCUACCCGACGACUUACUGGGUAAUAAACUAACUAAAUAACCUAACCUAAACUAAACUAACCUGACCUAACCUAACCUAACCUAAACUAACCUAAACUAAACUAACCUAACCUAACCUGACCUAAAGUAAACUAAACUAGCCUGACCUAACCUGACGUGACCUAUACUAACCUGACCUAACAUAAACAAACCUGACAUAAGCUAAUUAAACUAACCUAAACUAACCUUACCUAAGCUAACCUAAACUAACCUAACCUAAACUAACCUAAGCUAACCUGACCUAACCUAACCUGACCUAACCUGACCUAACCUGACCUAACCUAACAUAAACCUGAGGCCGGUUCCACUGCAAGCUUCAACUCUGGUUACCUAGUUUGCUCCCUAAAAUUAAGGUUUUUUGACAGAGACCUUGAAAAUCACACAUUCGAGGCUAUUAGAGCCCAUGGUUAAACCUCUAUGAUGGUUCGCCCUCUUAAGUUAUUUUUUUUCGAUAGUACAGACAUGAAUAAAGGACGCUGCGUACCUAAUAUAUUGGAGAAAGUCUGGAAAGUGGGUUUAAAAAAAUAUGUUUCGUUACAGAUACCAUGAAAAUCACACAUUAGAGGCUAUUAGAGCCCAUGGUUAAACCUGUGUGAUGGUUCGCCUUCUAAAGUUAUUUUUUUACGAUAUUACAGAUAUGAAUAGAGGGCGCUACUUACCUAAUAUAUUGGAGAAAGUCCGUAAAUUGUGUUAAAAAUAUAUAUUUGUAUCGUGACAGAGACCAUGAAAAUCACACAUUCGAGGAUAUAAGAGCCCAUGUUUAAACCUGUACGAUGGUUCGCCCUUUAAAUUUAAUUUUUAUCGAUAGAACAGACAUGAAUAGAGGUCUCUACGUACCAAAUAUAUUUUAGAAAGUCCGGAAAGUAGGUAAAAAAAAUAUGUUUCGUGACAGAGACCAUGAAAAUCACACAUUAGAGUGCGUGUUCAAAGUUAAAUUCAAAGGAUGAAUAAACUUAAUGAGAGUCAAAUUUAAAGGAUCAAUAAACUUAAUGCGUAGUUCUUAACGAGUAGGCAGAACAUUCACAACAAGAUACCCUGAGUUUGAAGCGGUUUUGGAAGGAUUAUUUAUGUUUUUGCUCUAAGUGUACGGUAUUUACCACCACACACCAGUAAUCUAUCCAUGACUUGUGAUGGUCACAUGACGUAAAACAUCUGCAUGUUAACAGGUUUAUGUUAGGUUUUUUUUCUUCUCUCCUUAAAGGUUUUUUUUAAAGCAGGAAUAAAACAUGAAAAGUCUUGUGACCAAUACAACACGGUCACAAACCUGAUGCGCUUAGGAAUGACUAGAGACCGGAAAAUUUCACCGAUUCUUUCAGCGAUAGGCUAAAAUUCAAAUAAAUAUACCUUUUAGAUGAUCUUGCUAUUGGCUUACUGUUCAUCUGGACAAAUCUCAACCAAUUAUAAACCCUCAACCAAAGAAGGAUCGAAUCACAGACAAACUAGCUGAGACGACUUACAAGUCGGCAGCCAAUGAACUUGCGUUAUUUGCCCGAGCGUACAGGGGAAUGUGCAGUCCAUCCUGAAGGCCAUCGAAAUCGGGAAUUUUUCCGGUCCCUAUAGGAAUGACGCAACACCUUGAACCCAGCCAGCGUUGGGUAGAACUGGAUGCACACGGGGAAACGCCAGAUUCAUAUUUUUAUUUAAGUGGUUAUUCGGGGUUUACCCUAAAAACCUUGGCUAAUGUUGAGUUAAACUGGGUAAACCUAGGUUCACUCCUGCUUCUGGCAUUUCCUGUGACACGUUGAAGGUUGUCCCUUGAUCAUGUAGUUCAUGAUGCUUGCUGUUUUAAUUUAGAAUGUCGAAAGUUCCUGGACGUAAAAAAAAAAUUUGUGAUGUAACAAUGACUUAUUAUCGCAAGUUAAAAACAAAUGAGAAAUUUUCCACAAUACCAAACUUCAUUUGUUAGUAUUAUUGCAUCAGAGGUUUCGAUUGGCCUUUGAUGUCCUGAAUUAAAGCCGCAAGCAUCAUGUACCACAUGAUAAAUACAUAAUGAUGCCAUCGGGAUCUAGGGAUAUACUUGGAUAUGCGAUACGGAACAGUUACCCAGGUCGUUAAUUAAUUUUAACAUGAUAUUCAAUUGUUAUAUUAAAUUUGAAUGGAUUUAAAUAGGUAAUGAAAUUAUUUAAAGCAUAAUUAUCUCCCACAAAACCCAUUUCUAUAAUUUAUAAGUAACAUGUCCUAAUACAAAUGGACUGGAGAAGUAUCAAAUUUUAGGCCUUGGAUGAAAAUUUCCCCUUAAGCAGAUAUGUUUAACUCAGGGGUCUCCAAUCUGUCCUGUGGGCCAUCUUCGACCGCCGAAACCCCACCAAUCCGAACAGACAUACCUGUAGUUCCAUAGGAUGUUGAUUUGUUGAGCUAGCUUUAGAGUUGGGAGUCGGUGUGAUCCCAUGCGCUCAAAAAUUUGAAGACCCCUGGUUUAAAGAUUCAAACUUGAUGUAAGUUUUUGUACAUACGCCAUUGCAAAGCACUUUUUCUGUAGAAGAAAAUUUAAAAAUAAAACCCAUUGCACAAAUCUUUCAAAGAUAAUAUUAAAGAGUCAAAGCUGGCUAUGUAUAUUUAAAUAUCGUGGGUAAAAAAAACCACAGAACCCAAAUUUGGAUGCCUACUGAAGUAAACUUUAAUAUUUCGGCGAACCUGCUUGGCGAUAUCACUAAUUUCCUCAAGCAAGUUCUAUUCUGGAACCUGCAAAUGAAUAUCACUCUGGAAAAAAAAGGGAAAGAAACAAAAAAUAUUUAUGAUGUAAAACUAAUAAUUACAAUACACAUAGAAAAGAAAAAAAAUUAUGGGUUUAACAAUUUAAAAGUCUGCGAGCGAUUCAUCCUAAUUGGUUAAUUAAAAAUUGUAAAUAUACAUGUAAAAGAUUGAUAAAUUUUUGAUGAUGUGGAUAAUUAUUUGGUGUAAAACUUUUAACAUUAAGAAAUCGCCGAAAAAAAAUUAAGUUAAGUAAAUAUGGGAGAAAUAAUUAAAUGUUCAUUUUGAUAGCACUGAAUAAUUAUUAUACACUAAAAUUGUAGUUUGGUAAGUAAUUUAUUUCUUGUAAAGAAUAGUAACGAAAAAUUUAAAAAUGAUGCAUUUUCUUUUAAAUAAUGCAUAAAAAUGAUUAUGCGAAUUUUUAAAAUUUCAUUAAGAUAAAGUUUUCAUAAAAUAGUCUAAAAUUCUAUUUAUUUAGGAUCUAUCAUGUCAAUAUUAAUUAGCAAGCCUAUUAGAAGGUGAGCGGAACUAAGUUUUGUCCACAUUUGUUGCAUACUUUCUGUAUCAUAUCAAAGUUCCAUAUUAGUCUUGUAAUAUUAAUCCACCAUAUUCCUGUACAAUUUAUAUCUUUCCUGUGUCUUUAGUCCGUUGAAAAACAGGAAACGGUGAAACUACAUAAUUUUUUACCUCUGUGAUGCUAGAUGAGACCACAGGGAACUUCUCUUGGGAGAGCAACGCCCUACUGAUGCGUAUGCACGCAAUAACUCUUACAUUUUACACGAAAUUUACAUUUUCAAUGCAGUUCAGAAAGAAAACUUGUAUCGAAUGAUAUCGCUCUAAUCUCUGAACAUGUGUCUUUGGCAAAAUAUUGAUACAGAUAUACAAGUGUUGGACCAAUUUUGCUUAUGAUAAAACAUGCAUUUGAAAUAACUGGAUAUGUUUCAUCAAAAAAAUUUUUUCCUUAAUAGCGAUAAUUCAUGUUCACCAGAAAGACAUUAUAAUUGACAGACAGUUUCUUAAAUAUACUGAUCAUAAAUCAAUAACAUGCGAUGUAUUUUCCUAGUGUAAAACUACAUUAGCUUUCUCAACAGUAGAUUAAAGAUUUCAUUAUGAAGAUUUAAAAUUUGAAGUCAAAUAAUUGAUUAAAUAUCCAAGGUUUUUGAGCAUGUAGAAAUAUGCAUUACCAUCACUUGUAAUUAAAGUGAAUCAAUUUGACUGAAAACAAAAUAUGAGGCCCGAUGACAAAAAAAGAAAAGAAAAUGUGCUUCCUAAAAUUAUAUCAUAUUUCAUUAUCUAUAACUAAUAAUGUUUUUUGCACUUAAUGACAUCUUAUAACCUAUAAACCAUUACAUUUGCCUUGGUUAUUACAAAACAGUCUAUUUUAGAAAAUUUACUUAACCAAUUUUCCUAACAGCCCCAAGUUAUAUGUUGAAUGUUAUUAAUUAGAUUUUUUGAUUAUUUAAAUGAAUAGAAGGAAAAAAAUAUAAUUGCCUAAUGAAUACUAAUUUAUAAUGUCAGUAAAUAGGUUCAAUGUAUCCGUUGUUUUUUUUUCUCAUUGUUUGACUGAAUUGUUUCAUGUUCCUGGGAAUUAUUUAUUUACGUUAACCAGUUGAAAGUUAAAAUACAGACUGUGUAUUCAAUUUAUUUCAUUGAAACGAACCAUGGGGCUGUAGCUGCUAUUGUGUCCGAAUGCUACAUAAUCAAUUAAAUUUGUUAUUUUAUUGAUUUCAGCUGAUUUUACAAGCUAAAGCAAUUCCAAUAUAAACCCCUUUAUCAACAAAUUUGAUCAUUUAAAUGGCAUCUAAAUUUAAUAAAUGUAAUCCUGAGAUGUAAUCAAGUACGCAAUAGCCUAGCAAUUACACAACUACAUUUCUGAAUUGCAUGUUAACUGUAUGUGUAAUGCGAAAAACGGAAUUCUAGUUUAGUAGUGAGUAGUCUAAAAGUUUACGGGUCAAAAGAUUAAAUAAAUAAGUAUACUGUUGUGACGUAGAAAUUAGUGGAAUUUUUGGUGUUAAAAUAAUUUCCGUUGUUAAUUUUAAUUUUAAUUAAUUUUGUAUAGUAAAAGUGUUAUAAAAUCAGAAAUAUUGGUUCACAUGUCUUGUUUUGACAUAAAGUAAAGUAAAAUUUCAUUUGGCAGGAUCUGAUAACUAAUCAAUUUAUGCUUUCGUACAGGAAUGAUAAUUUUUAAAACUUCAAUAUAUAAGCUUCAGCUAUUAACUUUUUACCUUGAUAAAAUUACGUUGUAAUGAACCAUAUAUGCAAAAUAAAGGUCUUAUUUCCUGUGCAUAACGACUAAAUAUAUCUUAGUUUGUACUAAUAAUCUGAGAGACUUUACGCCACUAAUAAAACUGACUUUUGAUUGAAAGUUUAAAAAAAAAAACGGUUCUUAAGCUUUGUAAAGGAACAACUGCUCGUACAAAAUAUUAUAACAGUUAAAAUUUAAAUUACUAUAAAACUUAAGUAAAAUCGUUACCGUAAAAAUUACUAACUUAUUGUUCAUGCAAUUUUAAACCUUUUUAUUUUCAAAUUAAUAAAAAGAGGUAACAUUUUUAAAUACUAAAUUCUGCCAUUUAUUUAAACAUAGAUCUAAGAAAUGUUUCUAGGAACUGUUAUCAUCAUUGUUUAGUUUAUUUGCUGAUGAUGUCUAGUUAAUAAUAAAUCUGUUUAGUUUUUUUACACUCUUCAGUUCAAAUGACUUUCUUUCAAUGCUUAAAACUAAAAAAAAUCACUGUUGAUACCUUCCAAAUUUGAAUGCUAACAAUUCUGCAUAAGUUUUCAGCUGAAAAUGACUCCCUGAUUACUGUAAAAAAGUGAAUUUGUAAGUUAGGUACAAAAUAUAUUAUUAUUUUUGAGACUUGAAAUAGAUAAACUCAAGUCAAUGAUAGCUCACGAACACACAUGACAUAAAUUUUUAAGCUUCUUUGCCCGAUUGUCAGUGUUAAAUAAAUAUGAACAAGAAAGCAUAGUUUAAAAAAAUAUAUUACUUUCUCACUAUAAUUUUAAAAGUUUAAAAUUUACUUUUAAAACUAGUUUAAAAACUGGUUAUUGAAUUUAAAAUUGUAUAGAUCAUUUUAUUAGAUUUAAAUGCAAUAAUAUUUCAAUUGAUUUUAAAAUGUUUGCGAAAUCAUUUAAGCUGAAAAUAUUAUUUCUCAGUGAGAGUCUAUGUUUAAUGACAAAAAGUGAAUUAUUUGUUUCUUCCAAAUCGUCAUUAUUUAAAAUAUUAUUUAGACAAUUCAGAUUUAGGUAAAUGUUGCGACCAGAAUAAUGUAAAUUUUCUUUUGAUGAUCUGGAGAUUCUUUGUUACCUGUGAAAGAUUCUUAGUUUAUUUAAUAAAAAAUUGAUUAAAUUUUCAAAUAAAUGUCAAAAAUGUGAUCUAAACAAUAUAUUUAUAUUUUGUGAUAUAUUAUUUUUUAUAUAAAAUUGAGCCAUGUUUGAAAUCCAAUAAAACUUGGUCUACCUAUAUCUAAACAUUUCAUAAACUUGAGUUUUCAAAUUAUUUUGAAUACUGGUUACAUUUAUUCUGUAAGAUUUUUUAGUUAUUAUUUUUGCUAAGUCAAGGUUUUUAAAUGUUCAAACUUAUUUGGCAAAAUAAAAACUACAAUAAUUUGGAUAGUCAUACUACGUCACAAAAUUAUCAAUUUAUUACAAAUUAAAUAUUCACUGUGGGUAAAAAAUAAAAAUUUUCUUCCAUUUAAAUUGCAAUAAAUCAAACAACCAUUUCCUCCAAACAUUUUAUUUUAACUACUUGAAUAAUAUUUUGAAUGAGCGGUUUAAAAAUAAUUGAUAUAUUUAGUAUAACAAUAAGACAAUCGUUAGCCUAAAGUUUUUAAAACUUCAGUUAAAUGUGUAGGACAAUAAAGCAGGUAAUAAAUCAAAUUUAUUGUGAGUAAUAGAGUUCCCCACAAAUUUUUGAUUGCGGUACAUUCAUUUAUUUAGUUAUGUCAUCCAGUUUCAGAAAAUAUUUUCACAAGUAAAACAGUGAAAGAAUUUAUUGUGUAUAUUCUAAAAUAUGUAGCUACAUCUCUUUAUCAAUUAAAAGUGAAUACAAAUAAACAAAUAUUAUAAAAUUAUUUAUUAAAUUCACUAAAAAUGUGUGGAAUUAAGUUCAUAAAAUAUGUCACAUGUUUCAAGAAUUAUAAAAAAUUUACAACUUUUGUACUGUCUAUAACAUUCAUUUAAAGUACGCGGAAUUCGUUUAUACUAAAUACUUUCUUUGGAGUUUAAAUACAUAUCAAUGUUAACAAAUGAAUUAUGAAAUCCAUAGAAUUAACAAAUGUUUUAUAUUUAGUAGAUAAGGGUUUUUUAAGCGUAUAAUUAGUUUUCUUUUAAUGUUAUUAAAAGAUAUAGUGUCCUUUGGUCCUAAAUAUAAAUGUUAUAGGAAACUGAAAAUUUAAAAAUUUAAUUUUUUUCUGUAUAUGUUAUUAUUUCAAAAUCGUACAAUAUUUGAUUACGAAAUGUUAUAAUGGCCACUUAAUGUUCAAAGUAUUGAAGAUAAAGGUAGUGGUUAAUUUCUCCUUACGUUUGGUGAAAUAUUUGUAUAGUUUUUUUAAAAAAAUGGGAUAUAUAGAAAGUAAUGAUAUUAAGUUAAAUUUUUUUUGUAAGUUCACGUGUUAUGGUUUAAUUUCGUAUAGGAUAUAUGUGAUGGGUAAGCAUAUCAUCCGUGCUUAGAAGAUAAGUUACAUUAAAACCUAAGCAUAAUGUGUUAUAUAUUACAUCAUAUAAAUGCCCACCUCAGUUGGACGAGUGCUUUGAUCAUUUUGCAAAACUCAGCUAUAAAAUGUUAUAUGCAUGACCAUAUUUGUAAUUACAUGAUUAAAACUAAGCGAUAUAUUUAUAUAUAGUUUAUAUUCUAAAUAGUUAAUGUGUUGUGUCUUAAAAUUGAUAUAAAACUAAAUAAAAAUAAAUAAGAGAAAAGUA